AACUAUUGAGCUUUUGAAAUUGUGGUUUCUUCAUGUGGUGCUGAAAUAAUAACAAGUCUCGCCAUGUCUUACGCCUACUUGUUUAAAUUUAUCAUAAUAGGAGACUCAGGAGUUGGAAAGUCUUGUCUACUUUUACAGUUUACAGACAAAAGAUUCCAACCUAUACACGACUUGACUAUUGGAGUCGAGUUUGGUGCAAAGAUUGUUCAGAUGGAUGGAAAGACGAUAAAGUUGCAAAUAUGGGAUACGGCUGGACAAGAGUCUUUUCGUUCUAUUACUAGAAGCUAUUAUCGUGGAGCUGCUGGAGCAUUGUUAGUAUACGAUAUUACACGUCGAGAAACCUUCAACCACCUUGCCACUUGGUUAGAAGACGCCAGACAGUAUUCGAGUCCAGAUAUGACGGUAGUUCUGGUCGGUAAUAAAUGUGACUUGGAACACCGUCGACAGGUUUCGAAGGAAGAAGGAGAAGCUUUUGCUCGUGCACACGGUUUGAGUUUUCUUGAAACAUCAGCGAAGACAGCUUUUCACGUGGAAGAGACGUUCACGGAAGCUGCAAGAACUAUUUAUGAAAAGAUCAAACAAGGAAAGUUGGAUUUGAAUGGAGACUUUCAGGGUGUGAAAGUUGGUGCUACAGCAAACACCAUACAGUUACAACAGAACAACCAAGACGAAAGAAGCGGUUGUUGUUGAAAAUUUUGUGAGGCUUGGUUC